AUGGGAUGGCCCACCCGAGUGUUGAAUCGGCCUUAUUUUUUGGGAUCAAGGGCAACAAGGGGUUUUAUACCUGAUGGACAGUGUGGAUCUCAUGAAUUUGCUUUCAUCAUUUGGGUGGUGGUGUCUAAAGAGUUAAAUGUGGAAAAGAUUCAGAAGGAUAUUGGUAAGCGGUUGGGCUUGUCUUGGGAAGAGAAUGAAAGCAACAAUGAGACACGGGCUCGAGACAUUUACAAGGUCUUGAGCAGGAAGAAAUUCAUGCUGUUGUUUGAUGAUACAUGGAAAUCGUUGGAUCUAGAGAUGAUCGGAAUUCCUCAUCCAAACAGCCAUAACAAGAGCAAGGACAUACCGGCCCUUGCUAUGAGGAUUACCAAAGAGUGCAAAGGUCUGCCCCUUGCGCUAAUAACCAUCGGGCGGGCCAUGGCAUGCAAGAAGACACCACAGGAAUGGGAGCAUGCAAUAUCAGUUCUUAGCAAGAGCAAGCCACCAUCAGAGAUAUCAGGUAUGGAUGAUGAAAUGCUUUUGCAUUUGAAAUACAGUUAUGAUAAUCUGGGUGGUGACAUGAUUAAAUCAUAUUAG